AUGGGUGGUGAUGUCGAAAAGCUCGUCAGUGAUUAUGGCAUCCAAUUUGUCCAUAGCACGCCCUAUUAUGCUCAAUCCAAUGGUCAAGCAGAGGCCAGUAACAAGAUCAUCAUCACUCUAUUGAAAAAGAUGCUUGUGGAGAACGCUCGCCAGUGGCAUGAAACAUUGUAUGAGACAUUAUGGGCUUAUGGCACUUCUAAGCGGAACCCUACUGUGACCACCCCCUAUGCGUUAAUGUUUGGCCACGAUGUGGUUCUCCCUUUGGAAGUGAAUGUUCAAUCCCUUCGCGUCCAAGAUCAGCAUCAGUUGAUCAGUGAAGAUUAUGUCCAGGCUAUGUGGCAGGAGCAUGAAGACCUUAGUGAUAAGCGCUUAGAGGCUUUGGACAGCUUAGUGAUGGAGAAACAACACAUCGCUCGUGCCUACGAUAAGCGGACGCGCGGCUGUAGUUACAAAGAGGGUGAACUGGUUUGGAAGGCAAUUUUGCCAUUGGGCGAGAAGUUGACUAGCCGCGGUAAGUGGACUCCGCGUUGGGAAAGACCCUUUGUUGUUCACCGAAUUUUGGAGCGCGGGGUGUUUCACCUAAAAUAUUUGGACAGCGACCUCCACCGUAACCCCAUCAAUGGCAGGUUCUUGAAGAAGUAUUACCCCAGUGUUUGGGAAUUCGAAGAUCCACCAACUCCGCCUGUUACUGGGGGGAAAGAGGGGUAA